AUUGCUUAUAGGCGCGCAAGCGUUUCAGGGUCGAAAACGGGUGUUAAUUUCUCUAGGGACCCAAGGAAGUAGUUAUUAUAUCAGUUUUCCUUCAAAUCUGGAAGUGUUGGGAGGUGGGCACUAGAAAUGACGGAUGUAGUAGAAGCUCGAAGAUGUUUUGGAUGUCGUGUUAUUUUCGAGACAGAUGACGAAUUUUGGCAUCAUAUAUUAAAUGUGGAUUGUAGUAGCUCGAUAAGCUCACCGAGUUUGGGGAAAGAUGUAUCCUUACCUUGUUCAAGCCAAGACGAUAAUAGACCAUUGAAAAGUACACCGUCAGAUGAUUUAUGUUUUUGUAGUUUGUGUGACAAGUGGUUUGUAUCAAAGGCACAGUUCCAUGAACAUUUUUCUUCUGUAGAACAUGAGCAGAAAUCCAAGUUGGCUGCCAAAGUUCGUUUUAGUUCCGAUGUCAAUACAGGUAGCGAGAAUGUUCAGUCACACUUGUUUUGCGAUACUUGUCAAAUAAGUUUGUCGUCUGCUCAGGCCAAAGAGGCUCAUCUUGCUGGUAAGAAGCAUAAUAAGAUGUGUAAUCGUCAAUCGAGCUCCGUAAACACACAAGGGGAUUCGCAUGUUACUCUCAAAAAGGGGCACACAAACAAUCAAGAAGUUUUAGAAAGGUUGGUGGGUGAUUACGGUCAGUUAUCGUCAACGAGUUCUGACAACUCUCAUUCAUCUGAUAAAAAUACCAGUCAUGUCGUUCCUCAGUUUCGUACUGACGACGAGAACGAUAUUAUACGUUUACUGCGUCGACUCUGUUUGACCCAAAUACUAUCACUUUUAUUGAGUGUAAGUGAGGAUUCAUCGGUACACGUAGAAGGCAGUUGUAACAAGGUACAGUCGAAAUAUUCUUUGAAAGAGAAAGAUCUACUUGAAUUGACGAGAACAGUAUGUAAAGAAGAAUUACGCGCUAUACUCCCACAGUCUUUACAACACAUCAUUUCUCAGACAAAAAACGCAGGUGACUAAAUUUGCUGUAGGUUAUUCUUAUUGAUGUUAAUUUCAUUACAAUCGUUCAUCUUAUCCAUAAUUUUUACAAAGAAAGAAGUACUUGCUUUCUAGGAAAUAUAUUUUCUCUACCAUUUUUUAGAAUCUUCUGUUUUUCCAUCAAAUUCAGAAAUUAUUUUUAUUUGUAUUUAAAGUAUUUCGGAUUUAAAUUAAUCGAAUUCUACGUUCACUUCUUGUUACUAAUUAUUUAUUUCCAUUUUUAUCUUUCAUAUUCUUGUUUCAAGUAUUGGGUUUGCGAUCAGUUGACUCGACAGCGUUUUUGUGGAAAUGAAAAUGAGGAGACAUAGUUUAGGGAUGAGGGCUACCUGUUGAUAUAUGGUAAUUGUAUUUUCUGCAGUUGUUCACGAUAUAAGGACUCAUUUUGAAAAUCCUUAAGUGCUUGGUGAUCAGAUUUUCUCUGUAACUGUAAGUUAGAGACUCAUAAUAAGUUAAAUGCAUUUCAACUUUGCUUGGCGGGACUGCUUUCAUGUGCGAUGAUAAAAUGCAUAUGGGAUUACAAACGAAAGGGAUAGGAACGGUUAUUUCUCGUCCUCAUCCUAUGGUAUUUAAACAUUGGAAUUAAAAGUAAAGUUUAAUGAAUUUUAAAACACUCAAUGUGAUAGAUGAAGACUGUCUGUGUAUUCAGUCAUGAUUCAGAAAGAGUUAUGACAUAUUAAUGUACUGUAAAUAGAUACCUUGUUUAGUAUAAAUUCGUGUAAAUUUUUAUAAAGCGUUUGGAGUGAAAAAAUUGAUGUAUUCAAGUCAAUGGAUAUCAACAAUUUAAAAAUACACUAUAAAAUGGUUCAAAGUUGAUUGCAUACAGACUAUCUCAGAAACCUAGUAAUGAGUAGGGAAUAUGCAAAUUUAUUAAACUGAAAUAUCAUUAGUUACUUUGGUUUCGUGCAAUUAUGACAUCUUGUGAUUACGGAUUUAAUGAUCCUUACUGAAGGUCAGCCAGUUUGGGGAGUUGUCACAAGCGAUUUAUUAAUAUAUACACCCUGAAUUUCUGUUCAGUGUAUUUAUUUUACAUAACUAGUCUGAUUGAUCCCUAUUGUAUUUUUAAUCGCAUUUUAGAGUACAUCAAUGUUUUCAU